GGAGGAGCCUGUGGGGUGUGGGACUCCAGACAAAGGAGACAUAUACACACUGACACUGGAUCACUGGAGCUAAAGGAGAGGAAGACAGCUGGACAGCUUCACUUUCAGCACAGAAGGCAGUCCUCAACUCCUGGACUACUUUGUUUUUGUGUGUGUUGUGGAAAACUUUGUGGAAAAGGGGGAUCUUAUUGUUGUGUUUGUCAGCCAACCGAAUGGAUUCGUUUGAGAGCUCAGAGAUGUUUGUGUUGGCGCAGUGGUUGCCAUAUGCUGCCUCUGGUGUGUAGAAGAGUGUGUGGGUUAGUAUGUUUGGGAUGGAAAAGUGGGGCUGGAACGACCAACAGCUCUGGUCUUAGCUUUCCGCCAUGGGGGGUUGCCAUAGUUACCCCUCGGCUACGGAGGCAGACGGAAAGACUCCUCAGCCUUCUGACAUCAGCAGUGAAAAACUGGGAAUUAACAACAAUAAUCUGGAGGAGCGUCCGUACCUGCAGCAGCAGUACGUGUGCCAGCGGAUCACGCACACAGACAUGCUGGCCCUCACAGCGCUGCCGCCAGGCGUCGACAAGGCUGAGUGGCUUGCCAGCAACACGGUGGCAUUUUUCAAGCAUAUAAACCUGUUCUCCAGCGCGCUGUCUGAGUUCUGCACUCCCAGCACCUGCCCAACUGCGUGCGGACCUGGCAACACGAUUUAUGUCUGGACUGACGACCACGGCAGGAAGCUGAAGUGCUCUGCUCCGCUUUACUUUGACUAUGCCAUGUCAUACAUUCAGGACCUACUCACAGAUGAAGAAGUUUUCCCCACAAAAGCAGGUUCAGUGUUUCCAACAGGCUUCAUCUUUCUGGUCCAGAAAGUGUUUUUGCUGUUGUUCAGGACCCUGGCUCACAUUUACUGGUCUCACUACAGAGAAGCACUUGCUCUGGGCCUGCAGGCACACCUCAACACACUCUUCACACACCUCACACUCUUCUGCCGGCAGCACGCGCUGCUGGAGCCUGAGGACACUGAGCCGCUGCAGGACCUCAUUACGGCUCUGGGACAGAAUGGCUGAAUCUAAAGACCAAACACACAGCGACCCUCACUAUUCUGGGCCAAACUGUCUUCAAAAUAUGUUUUUUUAAAGGUCUUGAAGUUGUAACAGAGAAAAAAAACCAAAACACUGUUUAUGAACAGUGUGUGGGACAAUGAAUGGGUCCACUUUGCUUUAAAAAGCAGGGAUCCAGACCAGCAUCUGGCUCCUGUUGUAUAUAGUUGUCAUCAGUUAUUGUGAUACUGUGUGAAACUGUAAUAUUGCAUGUUAGUGUAUUUUAACAUAAUGGUGCAUUACUAUAUUUUGAUAAGGUCAAGAUCUUCAAGGUCAUUCAUGUCUUCCUCAUAGACUUAACACAGUAACAAAAAACACUGUCCCCUGGUGUCUUUUCCUAUAAGACACCAAGUGACUCAGAGACAAUCCACAGUCAAUAUAAACGAAACGUGCCAUAGUUGCAUUUUGAAUACUUGCAAAAACCUGUAAUGGUUAUGUGUUGACGCAAAUGUGAUUACAUUGUUGUGACUGCAUCUGUGUUGAAUGGCGCAGCUUAUCUCUGCAUCUUAAUGUAUGAUUCUGCACUCUGUAAUAAAUAUUUAAGACAGACAAUUUUUUUCAAUACGUAGAUUUAAAAAAAUAAAUAAGAUUCCAUGCUUUCUCACUGAUCUAGAAAUAGUUAAAUAAAUUUAAGAGAUUGUUGGAAGCCUGGAGGAGUUUUCCUGGAGGAGUUUGCAAAAAUUUCAAUCAUUUAUUGUGUUCAAAAAGUGGUAAUCCCCUGUUUUUGACAUGAUUCUUGUGACAUUUUUAUUUGCAUUUAUCAUCUUUGUCCUAAAGAAAUGCUGGGACAGUAAUAUCAACAUGUCUUUGGUUUGACAGCAGCACCUCCUGCUGCCAGCACAGGAAACAAGGACGUAUAUCAUUUUUACCUGCACUGUCAGCUACAGUGCACUGCAGUCUGUAAAUGUUUGAUUUGCUGGCUGCAGCAUAUUUGACUUCAAAUAAAACAAGUUUUUCAUCUUUGCUAA